CCGGGCUCGCGCUCCCACGAACACUGCCUCCGGAACCAACGUGCGGGGAAAGUUGGGUCUGGGGAGCCGGGCUGGGAACGGACCGAGCCGGAAGUGACGUGAGGCCUUGCGCGCUUGUUCCGUCUGGUCCCGGCGCGGGGCGGGCCACCAUGGCGCACAUCACUAUCAACCAGUACCUGCAGCAGACCUACAGAAAACUUGAAAGAAGUAGAAAAAAGACAUAUAACACCCCUCACCUGGCCCACCCACCAUGUUUGCUCUGGGCAUGUGCUCCCAGACCAUUUGAAAGAAAGUGGAUGACACUAUGGUCCUUUACUGCGCCUAGGACCAAGGCUGUUCCACUGUCUAAUUGCAGUGACUUUACUACACUCAAGAAAUUUAACAUCAGUAUUAAUGUCUAUGAAGCAAUUGAAACCAGAGAUGGGGAAUCCUUUGCAGAGCUGGUGUCUUUCAAGCAUCCUCAUGUUGCCAACCCACGGCUGCAGUUGGCCUCUCCAGAAGAGAAGUGUCAACAAGUUUUGGAACCCCCUUAUGAUGAAAUGUUUGCAGCUCAUUUAAGGUGCACGUACGCAGUGGGGAACCAUGACUUCAUAGAGGCAUACAAAUGCCAGACUGUCAUCGUCCAAUCAUUCCUGCGGGCAUUUCAGGCCCACAAAGAAGAAAACUGGGCUCUGCCUGUCAUGUAUGCAGUAGCACUUGAUCUUCGAGUAUUUGCCAAUAAUGCAGAUCAGCAGUUGGUUAAGAAAGGAAAAAGCAAAGUUGGGGAUAUGUUGGAAAAAGCUGCUGAGUUGUUGAUGAGCUGUUUCCGAGUCUGUGCCAGUGACACUCGUGCUGGUAUAGAGGAUUCUAAGAAGUGGGGGAUGCUAUUUCUGGUGAAUCAAUUAUUCAAGAUUUACUUUAAGAUCAACAAACUCCAUUUGUGUAAACCUCUCAUCAGAGCCAUCGACAGCUCAAAUCUGAAAGAAGAUUAUAGCACAGCACAGAGAGUAACAUACAGGUACUAUGUUGGACGAAAGGCCAUGUUUGAUAGUGACUUUAAACAAGCUGAGGAGUACCUGUCCUUUGCCUUUGAGCACUGUCACCGUUUAAGUCAGAAGAACAAAAGGAUGAUUUUGAUAUAUUUACUCCCGGUAAAAAUGCUAUUGGGUCAUAUGCCAACCAUUGAGCUUUUGAAAAAGUAUCAUCUCAUGCAGUUUGCUGAAGUAACCAGAGCUGUAAGUGAAGGCAAUCUCCUCCUAUUGAACGAGGCUCUAGCGAAGCAUGAGACCUUCUUUAUUCGCUGUGGCAUCUUCCUUAUCCUUGAAAAGCUGAAGAUCAUCACCUACAGGAAUCUUUUUAAGAAAGUGUACUUGUUACUCAAAACACACCAGUUAUCUCUGGAUGCUUUUCUAGUUGCUUUGAAAUUCAUGCAAGUGGAAGACGUGGACAUCGAUGAAGUCCAGUGUAUUCUAGCCAACCUGAUAUACAUGGGUCACAUCAAAGGCUAUAUAUCACAUCAGCAUCAGAAGCUAGUUGUUAGCAAGCAAAAUCCGUUUCCUCCGCUGUCUACAGUGUGUUGAAUGUAUAAACACCUGUUCCUCUGGUGUUUAUCGUACUAAUGAAAUCAGUACUUUGCCAGGACGUUACUUUCUGCAGCCGGAAUCUCUCUGAGGCUCUUCUCUCAAGGAUGUUGAGACUGAGUUCCCCACAUUCACAGCCACCUUGACAUUCUCUCAUCGCUCAUUACUAAUGUCGACCUCACAGAGACGUGGAAUUUCUUUUUCAAAUGUUGCAGACCCUCCUUUGACUCUGGAGCGUUGGAGAAACUUCUGUGAAGGAGGCUCUUCUCCAAGGCAGCUACAGUUUACUUCUCCUAAGAGUUAUGCACAAGUGCAAUUUUUUAUAUAAUUUUUCUAUAUAAAAGGCAUUCUGAAUUUA